AUGCGGGUUGAAGCAGCAGCAGCUUCUUCUUCUUCUAAAAAUUUUAUCGAUAAAGAGAACGAGACGCAAGGGCAGAAUAAAGAUAAACAAGUGCGGACGUUUUAUACGUUUAAACCUGGGGAGACGGUGGAGAUGCUCUCGGAGUAUGUCGGAGUAGACGUCGAGGCGCUGAAAGCGCUCAAUCCAGGCGUGGAUUUGGAUUUUGUGUUUCCCGGAGAUCGGGUGGUCGUGCACGUCGAACGACAACGAGAACGAGAACAAAAGGAGGUGAAAGAUGAAGGAGUUCGCGAGAAAGUUGCCGCGGUAGUAGAUUCGCAAGGAAAUACACAGCAACGAGACAAUAAUAACACUGAUAAGAAUCAAGAGCGACGACUGAACAAAGAAAAAGAGAAGCGAGCGGCGAGGAUGGAAGAGGAGAGGAACGAACGACGACGACGAGAGAAAGAAGAGAAGUUACUGAAGAAAGCUGAGAAAGAACAACGGCAACAACAAAAGAAGAUGAAAAAGCAAGUUCAACUCCAAGCGACGAAAAGGGCCGCUCCAGUUUUUAACGCUGGCGCGGCUAUGUUUGUGGCUUCUGUACCGGUGCUCGCCAUCUCGACCCGUCUCGGAUUCUUCAACUCCGUUUUAGAUACGUUCGGAAAAGUGAAAGCGAUGCUUGCGUCUUCUUCUGAUGCGCGCGAACAGUCGUCGUCGAUAAGAGGCGAAGCGUCAUCAUCAUCAUCAUCAUCAUCAUCAUCAGAACCUUGGCGAUUGAAAACUCCGGAAGUAUUCGCAGCGAUGACGCAACCGCUCGGCUCUUUGAAUACAAACGCUACCGCCACCAAUGCACAACCAUCGUCUUCAAUGUCCUCGUCUCCUUCUUCACAAAACAUAGUGUCUCAGCAAGAGUUUACGGAGUUGAGGAAAGAGUUAAACGGCGUGAAAGCGAAGCUGACUGCUUCCGAUUCUGAAGCGAGGAACGUUAAGUCUCAGCUCGAGGAAGCGAAAGAGGAGAAGGAGAAACUCGCGGACGAAGCGAAACGAAGAAAAGAUGAAGCAAACGAAGUGAAAGCUCAAUUAGAACACGCACGAAGUGAACAAAAGAAACUCGCGAAUGAAAUUAAACAAAAAGAAGCAGAAAUGGCGGACUCAUUGAAGAAUAACGAACAAGCUGCUGCGAAGAGUGUGGCGGCGGUAGAGGCGGAAAUGAAGCGCGCGGUUGAAGAGUCCGUAGAGAAAAAUGCAAAGUUGCAAAAAGAUUUAGAGCUCGCGCGCGAGUCUUUGCGACAAGCGCAAGCAUCUCGAGAGUCUGAAUUGAAUUCUAUGAAGUUCGUCAUCACGCAAAUGGAAAAGGAAUUACAAGACGAAAGAGCUUCUUUGAAUGAUUUGAAAGAAGAAAAUACCCUACGCGCGGAGACUGAAAUUUCUGAUCUCGAAAGGCGUUUAAGCGAGAAGAUGAAAAGCGAAGAGUAUUUGCAGUCAGAGAUUGAAAAGCUUAAAAACGAGUUGACUGCGAACGCGUCCGAAAUUGAAGAAGCGAUUACCAUGAAAGAAGAUGCCGUAAGUGCGUUGAAAACGAUUGAAUCCAAAUCUCGCGAGGAAAUCGACACGUUAUCGACGGAAGGACAGAAAAUGAAACUCGAAAUUAUUGCUUUCAAUCAACGCGUUGUAAAACUCGAAAACGAAGCUGAAAUGGCCACGACUCGCGCCGCAGAUGCAACCGAGGCGUUGGAACGUCUUCAAAAGUCUGCAGAACUUACGGGUUCGACCCAAGAAGAAAAGCUCAAGGAGGCGCUUUCGGCGCAAGCGGAGACUGAGUCGAAACUGAUGGAAGCGGAAAGUCGCUUCAUAAAGGCGAGCGAAGGCUUUUCGGAGCAAAAGUUAGAAUUCAAAAAGAGAGUAGAGGAGUUAGUUGGAAAAGUGAAGUCAAUAGAAGGCAAGAUGUUGGAUGAAACUCGAAGUUUGGAGGAGAAAAACUCGGAGUAUGCAUCAAAGCUUUCGGAAGCUUCUGAAAUCGCCAAUAACGAGAAAAAGAUGAUUGAGGAUGAACUCGCUUCAGUGUCGGCUUUGAAAGAUUCCUUGGAACUGCAAUUCGAAGAGCUGAAGGAGAGAGUAUCGAAAGAAAAGGAAGAACUUGGCGUCGAGCAACGCGCUAUGGAAUUAGAAAUCAGAAACUUGACGGAACAACUUGAAUCAAAGCGUUCGCUCGAAUCAGAAGCUGAAAAGUUCCGCGAGGAGAGAGAAACGUUGCUUAUUGAAAUCGAAAACGUUAAAUCCUCGAGAAAAAAUCUCGAGGUUGAGUUUGAUACGUUCCAGAGAAAAGCAGAGGCUGAUUUAGAACGAGAAAUUGAGCUGCGCGAAGCGGAUUCGAAACAAAUCAAGGAUGAAGUUCGACAGUUUGAAGAGACGAAUAAAUCUCUGACCGAAGAAAUUGCAGGUUUGAAGCAGAAGCUUGAAUUUGCGAAUAUUGCGGUAUCGAGAAGUGAAACACAACGUUCGGAAUAUGUUGAUGGAAGAAUAAGUGACCUAGAACAAGCUCUUGAAAAUGUCGAGAAAGAGAGAGACGUGCUAAAAACUGAGUUCGAUGAGCGUUUGAAUCGACAAAAUACUGAGUUUGCGGCCUUUGGGCGCGACUUAGAGCUCCAAAUUAAGGAAGCGGAAGAUGCUCUCGAAUUGUCCAGGCAAUCUUUCGACUCGGAAUUGAAAGCAGCGCUGGCCUCAAAAGAAGAAGCAGAGUCGAACGAGAAAGCGUGGCGAGAGAAAAUUGAAGAUCUCGAGAAACAAUUGGCUGAGUACGGUGACGUUGAGAAAAAUCUUGACGUUUUGCGAGAAAAGGUCUCUUUCACGGAAAGCAAACUCAAAGAAGCGUCAGAGCGGAUGAAGCAAUUAGAAUCGGAAGAAAUAGAAGCAAAAGCUACUCGAAUGUUAGCGCGGGAGAAAAUCGCCGAGCUCGAAUCGGCAUUGACCAACCAAGGCGAUCUCGAGGAAGAACUCACUGCUCUACGAGAUAAAAUUGCAUCUAAGGAAACAGAGCUGCAAGAAGCGUCGGAUGAAGUCAAGAACCUCGAAAUGUUCCAAAUGGAGUCCAAAGCUGAGCUCGAAGAUGCGUGGCGAGAAAGAGACGAAGCGACAGCGGACGUUUAUCGUGAACGCGCAGAGCAGUUGGAGCGUUCCAAUAAACUUGAACGUGAGCUGAACGCAAAGAUUGAAGAUUUGCAAAAGCAACUGGAAGGUGCCGAGGAGAGUAAAAAGUUAGCCGAGGAGAAUUUUGAAAACGUCCAAGAAGCUAAAAGUGUUAUCGAGGCUGAUAAGAUAGCUAUGGAGCUCGUUCUCGAUAAGUUCCGCGAAGAGCACGAUAAGUUUAUUGCACUAAAUGAAGAAUUAGAGCUUGCUGCAAAGGCGCAAGAGCAAGCGGAAAAGAUUAUGUCCGAUGCAAAGGAAAAUUUCAAUGCGGUUCUCGAGGUCACUUUCAGCGAACAUAAACAAGAAAUUCAAGCAUUGGGAAAACAAUACGACUCAAAAGUGUACGCGUUAGAAGCAAAGUUGAAAGUUAUGAGGGAUCAAAGUUACGAAGAGAGUAAAAGAGUAGAGUCUGCCAAUGCGCGAGUCGUUACACUUGAAAACGAACUCGAAGAAGUUCGUUCAAAGAUGGAGGAAGAAAUGGGAUCAUCCAUUGCUGCAGCAGCGAUUACGGGUGAAGCAGAAAACGCGAAACGGCAGCUAGAAGAAGUUAGAGCUGAGUUGGAUUCUACUCAUGAGAAGUUUGAGAGUGAAUUAAGUGUUGCGGUUGAGGCAAGGAGAAUUGCCGAGUCAAAUUUAUACGCCGCGACUGAGAAAAUAUUAAACUUUGAAAAUGAGGUUUCGUCGCUAUCGAACGAUCGUAACACGGAGAUGAUUGAACUUCGAGAGCAACUGGAUGAGAUGAAAGCGUCCUCGGUUCUCGAGCAAGAGCAGUUGAGAGCGGAUCUCGAAGAGUCUCGCGCGGAGUUGGAAUCGGCUCGAACGAACUUCGAGGCUGAAUUGAACGCAGCGUACGAAGCGCAGAAAAGCGCUGAAUCUAACGUAGAGGAAUUGAACGAGCAAAUCAAAUCGUUCGAAUCUGAAAUCGACGACGCCCGAGUCCAAUUGACUGAGUAUGAAACCACUUCCAGCAUAGAGAAGGGGGAAUUGCAAAAGCAGUUGGAUUCAGCUCGCUUUGAAUUGGAGAACUCCGAGUCCAAAGUCGCAGCAGCAGAAGACAAGCUCCGCGAGUCGGAAGCAGAGCUCGACGCACUGCAGUUAAAGAAUGAAGAGCUUGAAUCCUCGCUUUCUGGCAGCGCGGAGUCACUUCGCUUGGAACUGGAAGAGUCUCGCGCGGAGUUGGAAUCGGCUCGAACGAACUUCGAGGCUGAAUUGAACGCAGCGUACGAAGCGCAGAAAAGCGCUGAAUCUAACGUAGAGGAAUUGAACGAGCAAAUCAAAUCGUUCGAAUCUGAAAUCGACGACGCCCGAGUCCAAUUGACUGAGUAUGAAACCACUUCCAGCAUAGAGAAGGGGGAAUUGCAAAAGCAGUUGGAUUCAGCUCGCUUUGAAUUGGAGAACUCCGAGUCCAAAGUCGCAGCAGCAGAAGACAAGCUCCGCGAGUCGGAAGCAGAGCUCGACGCACUGCAGUUAAAGAAUGAAGAGCUUGAAUCCUCGCUUUCUGGCAGCGCGGAGUCACUUCGCUUGGAACUGGAAGAGUCUCGCGCGGAGUUGGAAUCGGCUCGAACGAACUUCGAGGCUGAAUUGAACGCAGCGUACGAAGCGCAGAAAAGCGCUGAAUCUAACGUAGAGGAAUUGAACGAGCAAAUCAAGUCCUACGAAGCCGAGCUCUUGGCAAUUGGCAGUUUAGAGCUUCAACUCGACGAGGCGCAAGCAAAACUAACCGCGUACGAAUUAUCGUCCGGUGAAUUACGCAAGGAACUCGACUCCGCUCAAUUAGAAUUGGAGAAUGCAGGAUCCAACGUCGCUGCGGCAGAGGCGAAAGUUCGCGCGUCUGAAUUAGAACUCAGCGACUUGCGCUUGAAGGUCGAGGAGAAGGAAUCCCAAAUCAGCGGUAGAAAUUCUACAGUGCAAAAUUUGGAGCAGCGUUUGUUUGAAAUGGAAGAGUUGAGCGAAAAAUCGAAAGCAGAUUUAGAAAAUGCGAGGUCUGCGUUUGAGGCUGAAUUAUCUGCGGCGCACGAAGAACAAAGAGUUGCCGAAACAAACGUGGAAGCGGCAAACGAGAGAGUCAAAGCCACGGAGUCUGAAUUGAUGGAUCUCCGCGCGAGGAUUGAAAAUUUUGAGGCGCAAAGUCAAGAGAAGGAAAAUCUCCUCCAAGAAGAGGCGAGAGUGUUGCGCGUGAAAAUUGAGGAGUUUGAAAACGCCGAGCGCGCAUUAGAACGGCAAGUUUCAGAGGCGAGAGAAAAUUUAAGAGACGCGGAGACGCGAGAGAAGUCUUCCGAGGUCCAACUCGCUAACCUUCAAAACGAAGUCGACGCCUUGAAAGACACAGUCGCAUCGUCGACGAACAUUCUCCGUCAAAAAGAAAUGGAAAGCGAAGCGCAAAUGGUGGUUUUACAAAACGAAAAGCUUCGAGCCGAGAUUCAAAUGGCGACGAUGGCCACGGAGCAACAACGCAUCCAGCUCGAAGAUACAUCCAUGCAACUUCCAUUUUCGGUGGACGCAAAAUUCGUCGUCAAGUUUGAUUUACCUCCACAUCAGUUCUUGGCUCUCACUGGUUCCUGGUGCGACUGGAAAGUCAACGCGAGCGAAGAAAUGACGUGCGCAAACAAAAUGACGUGGACGAAGGAAGUCCCUUUAGGCUUGGACGUAACCCACGAGUACAAAUAUGUAAUUUGCGAGCGCGACUCCAACGGUCAGCCAAAACAAGUAGAGUGGCAAAACGGCGACAACAGCAUGUUUGGCGCAUCCAGCGGCGCUUUGCAGAACAUGCGAGGUGACGUAGAAAUUCACGACACGUGGAUUCCAAACGCGACCAAAAAUCUAGUCUUUCUCUUUUCAAAAUCCGGAGGUAAAUUCGAGACCGACCGGAAUCGAAUGCUUCAAGACUGCUUGGACGCGCAAACCUACGGUGUCAGCCAAAAUUACACCUCGCACAUCGUCGACGACAUGUACUCCGCCCUAGGCGGCGAUUCAACCUACGAGCCUACUAAAAACUCCAACACGCAAGCGGGAGGAGGAGAAAGCAAACACGCUUUAGAUGGAGGUGAGGAUUUUUUCAACGUCGUCGACGACGGUUUCGGCGAAAGCAUUAGGAAGAGUUACGAAUACGUGGAUAGCGACGACGACGACACCGACGAGGACUUCAUCGUCAUAGAUAUUUAA